AUGCGCCUCACACCCGCAAAGUAUAAAGUGCUACUACAGGACUGUGGGAUCAAACCCACACCUCAUGCUUGCAGGACCAUCACACAUCGGCUUGCACAUUCCACGGUGACGUUUACUGAACAGUUGAACACCCACUACCACGCAAUCAGAAUGUUUAUACCUCGGAAGAACUGCCUUCAUAUUAGGAACUUACCAGACUCAAUCACCUACAAUGACGUCUGGUUGGAAUUCAAGAAGUUCGGUGAAGUUGUUAACGUGACAAUCCCCAUGGAUGUGAACACGGCCAAAGCAAAGGAUUGUGAUGAUGCAGCAAGAGCUCUCAAUGAGAUGCAUGGUAUACUUUUAUGGGGACGUAUACUGACUGUCCAAUACUCACGUAGUUACCCAAAAACGUCGCGCGAGAUGGCUUUGAGGUCCCAGCUCCAACCUUUGAAGCCGAUUAUUAGCAAUGGGCCAAGCAUUUUCUCCUCUGCACUACUCCCAUGUGCUGUAUCACCGUCCUCGCCAAAAUGUGGCAACCGUCGAUGGUCUAGCCGGUCGUCCUCACGUAGCCUAAGACGUAGUUAUCGGCGUAACUCGUCCGAUAGCUCCUUUUGUUCUUCUGACGUAUUGCACCCACGUAAGGUACGGCGGUCCAGAAGAAGCCGUGCACGUUCAGGUUCCUCCUGCUACCGCUCCCGCUCUGAAACACGUUCUUACAGUGCUAGAUACGUCCGAAAAUGGACUGUGUCGCCAAAAGGUGCUAGAUCCAAGUCCAGACGGAGGUCGAGUCUUUCCGAUUCGGAUGACGAAACUGACAAAUUCAGCGAGGCGGGCUAUUACGGUCCAGAGAUAGAUUUGUUCUCCGAUGAUCUCCCAGACAGUGUGGUUAUCGCAGCUAACUUGAUGAAUUCUUCCUCCUCUUCCCUUUCCACAUACUCUUCAUCGAGUCAAUCAUCCGAAUCUCCCAAACGAACCUCCAGGCGAAAACGCCAUCGUCGGACACGCCGACCAAGAUCACGGCGACACCGAAGACGACAACAUUCCGCAUCUUCCAGUGGUUCAGCUUCUUGCUUAUCUACAGACUGAUCCAAUUAGCAAAGCUGCUGUCUUUCCUAAGCGGAUGUGAUAUAAUACCUCCUUCCGUCACAUCACCGUGUGUAUAGGCAUAACAUUCCUUUUAACUUUUUUCUUCAUACUAACGUGCUUUCAAUGUUUUUUUUAACACAAUCAUCUGUGAUAACAUAAAAAUUUCUGUAAUAGUUGUUUUUCACUUCUGCCUGCCUGCAACAAUCGAUUUCUCAUUACUGCAUGGUUUGGGAUGGUUUCGUCCGCAUGCCACUCUGCCUAAUUCUGCUACUCUUGAUGGUCUGCAUUGAUUGAAUAUUCAAUUUGUCCUUAAACUACAGCGACUGAUGUUUGUUUUAAAAAAACUACUGAAUUUUGGAAAGCCAAAAAUGUAACGAACUAGUAACUUGGAAUAAGUGACUGUG